CCAGCAGCCUGACCUGGCAGUCGACGGCAUUCCCUCCAGCUCGUACUCACUGCUCUUCCAACAUGACUUCCCGUCUUGGACGACGCAUUUUCGCGCAGGCUGUCCGCCCGAGCGUGCGCGCGACCGGCCGCACCACGGGCGCGGGCAGGCGGUGCAUGAGCAGCACCGCGGACGCUGCGAAGAGCAGCGACAUGCCUUGGAUUAUCGGCUCUGCUGUCGUGUUUGGCCCCGCUGCCGUCUGGUUGCUCACAUCGCAGUCAGACAAGAAGACGCUUGACGUCGCAUUCAGUCAGGCGGAUCGUGGCGCGCACAGUCUCGGAGAUAGCAAAAAGGAUGCUGAGAACACGCCGGAGUCUUCGGGAGAGGAUGCAAGCGCCGAACCGAAAGAGGCGGAGGAGACUGAAAACACGCAGGAAUCCAGCGAUAAGGGCGCCGUCACUGAUUCUGAGGGAGAGACCGUCUCUGGCAAGGAGGUCAAUGAGUCGAUGCAGCAGAGUUUCAACGAGGACUCGCCCCCAGAUGCUCAGGCUGCUGAAGAGAAGGAAGCGAAGGACGGCAAGUGGACCGAAGGCGCCCCCGGCCAGAGCUCCGAGGCUGAGACGAAGCCAGACCAGAAAGAAAAGCCAACCGAGAAGAAGGGCGAAGCACCGUCAGACCUGGGUGAUGCUCGCAAGACGGCCAAGGGUGGCGAGGCGCCGAAGGAGUCGGGCGCGUCGAAGUGAUGUGACCUUGUUAUUCGUAGAUGUUAUUCGUAACAUUAGUACACCUACAAUGCGCAUAUGGACGUUCUCUGUAA